GCUGCCGAGCAAAACCCUCCUCUCCCCCUAGAACCUUCCGGGCGCAUCCACCAGCAUCCUCCUCCCAAUGGCCCCCUCCCUCCUUGCCGCCGCCACCUCGCCCUUACUCCUCCACGGCGCCGUCGGGAGCACCAGCCGCAGGCCGGUCGCCGCCCCCGGCCGCCGCGCCGCAUCCUCCGUGCGCGUGCGCGCCGCCAUCAAGUGCGACCCAUCCAAGGUGGAGCCGCAGUCCGACCGGGUGCUCGUCCGUCUCGAGACUAUCCGAGAGAAAUCUGAUGGGGGAGUUCUGCUACCAAAAUCUGCUGUUAAAUUUGAGAGAUAUUUGAUGGGCGAGAUUUUAUUGGUCGGUGUUGAUGUUAGUGAAGUUGAAGCUGGAAAGAAGGUGAGCAGAUUAUUUCAUCCUUUCUCAAGGGCCUCCUUUUAA